AUGGGCAACAAGGGAGGAUCAGAAGCUUGGGCUUUCAUCAAGCAAGUGGUAGCAGGACGAUGGUUUAGUGUAUUCGCGGGACUGAUAAUGAUGAUCCGCAACGGCACUACUUACGUGUUUCCAACAUAUUCCAAAGUCAUAAAAACCCAAUUUGAUUACAGCCAAACCCAAAUUAACACAUUGGGAUUCGCCAAAGAUCUCGGGUCGAACAUCGGAAUUGUCGCGGGGCUUCUGGCGGAGGUGACUCCGACGUGGGUUCUCUUUAUAAUUGGGGCAUUUCAAAACUUCACCGGCUUCUUCUUGAUUUGGCUCUCCAUAACUGCCCGGAUCGCCAAGCCAAAAUUCUGGCAAAUGUUCAUUCUGGUUUGCUUCGGUACUAAUUCUUCAAAUUGGGCCAACACUGCCAUUAUGGUGACGAGCGUGAGAAACUUCCCCGACCGACGAGGGAUCAUUUUGGGUCUUCUUAAAGGGUAUGUGGGUAUUGGAGGUGCCAUCAUAAGCCAACUUUAUUUAGCCAUUUACGGCCACAAUGAUCCAUCCAAUCUGGUUCUUCUUUUCGCAUGGCUCCCCUCUCUCCUAAUCCUCAUCCUUUUCCCCUCAAUUCGACCAAUCCGUAUCCGUAAGCAUCCCGAUGAACUCAAAGUGUUUUACCAGUUACUUUACGUCUCAAUUCUUUUGGCCAUUUUCAUCUUGUUUUUAACCAUUGCACAAAAACAAGUGGUUUUCUCUCAAGCUGG